AUGCUUUCACUCAAGUCAACCAUUGUCCUUGCCCUGGGCUAUGCAAGCACCGUCCUUGCCGUCGAAUACAACAAAGACGCCCGACCUGCUAUUCCCGUCCCCUGUGAAGGCGACGAGCUCGCCAUCUCCUCUCCGCGCACCAACUCAACCGCAGGCACCGAGAAUGCCUCUCUUGAAGAGAGACAGUCGUGCGGUUGGAGCGGCACUUUCUAUGAACAAUCAGGCUGCUCUGCAUCUGGCAGCCAAUUCACGCAAUGCACUGGAGGCGCUGGCUGCGUUCUCACCAACUCCGUUCUAGCAUUUGGCUUCCAGAGCGUCAAAGCCUUCGACACCUCAUGUGAUCUGUUCAUCUGGAACGGAGACUGCAGCAGCGGCUACAGUUAUUACAUUCCUCGCAACACGGCCUCUGGUGUCUGUUGGGGUGGAUUUGGCACUGGCCAUGGCUACUCGGUUGGCUGUUAA